GUGUCGGAUUCUUUACGGAUGCUUAUGAUUUAUUCGCCAUUACUUUGGUAGCAGAGAUGUUGGGAUAUGUAUAUAUAUAUGAUGGAAUUCUCCCGGUUAAUAUAGAACUUUGGUUAAAGGUUUCCGCGGCAGUUGGUACAUUGGUUGGACAAAUUGUUUUUGGAAUUCUUGCAGAUCGUAUCGGACGAAAGAGGAUGUAUGGCGUUGAAUUAUGGAUAAUAAUAGUUGCUACUAUUUUCACGACUUUAAGUGGUUCAGGUCCAUAUUUGAAUGUGUUCGGGUUAAUUAUCUUUUGGCGAGUUAUACUUGGUCUUGGUGUGGGAGGUGAUUACCCGUUAUCUGCUAUCAUCACUAGCGAAUUCGCAACCAAAGAAAGACGAGGGUCAAUGAUGGCAGCCGUAUUUGCAAUGCAAGGAUUUGGGAUUUUCGCAUCAAUUCUUGUCGCAGUGAUAACACUCAGCGCGGCAAAAAAUGACCUAUAUGAACACAAAAAUUUUGACGGUGUAGAUUACGUUUGGCGAAUAAUAUUAGGAUUGGAUAGUGUAGAGCUACCACGUAGUUCUUGGGAAGAUUUUAAACAAUAUUUCUCCAAAUGGAAAAAUGCAAAAAUCUUAUUAGGCACUUGUGGCGCGUGGUUUUGUAUCGAUGUGGCGUACUAUGGAAUUGGAUUAAACAACACGAUAUUUUUUCGUAACGCGUUACAAUACAAAAGUUUACCAGGCAUCAUUACUAAUAAACAUGAUGGUAACUUUGAUGCUUGGACUCCGUUGUUUCAUGCCUCGCUUGGGAAUUUAAUUAUUACGCUUUUGGGUACAAUACCUGGAUAUUGGGUUAGCGUGUAUUUCAUUGAUCGAUGGGGUCGAAGACGGAUUCAAUUUAUGGGAUUUGCGGUGUUAACUGUUCUUUUUAUUGUAUUUGGAGCGGCGUUUCAUCAAAUAAAAGAUACUUCGAUUUUCUUGUUUGGUGCAAUGUUUACUCUAACGCAGUUCUUUUUUAAUUUCGGGCCGAAUACAACUACCUUUGUUGUUCCCGGUGAAGUUUUUCCAACGAGAUAUCGGUCGACAUGUUACGGAAUAUCCGCAGCAGUUGGAAAACUUGGCGCAAUUUUUGCCCAAAUCGCCUUUUACAAACUGAAGAAUAUUGGCGGUAAAACGACUACAGAUAACACCGAAUACUCGGCAAAUGCAGCAUUUAUUGAUAAACUCUUGUUGGGCUGUGCCGUGUUCAUGAUAUUCGGAGUUAUUUUCACGUGUUUCAUACCCGAGACGAAAGGAAAGUCGUUGGAGGAGUUGUCGAAUGAAGAUCAAACAAACUUUAUUCGGCAAAUUGAAAAUUAA